GCUCGGCUCGGCCCCGGCCCCCGCCCGCCGCCAUGAGGAUGCCCGGCCCCGCGGCGCCCCGGGCGCCCGGCGAGGUGCUGCGCGAGGUGCUGCGCGAGGGCGAGCUGGAGAAGCGCAGCGGCAGCCUGCUGCAGCUCUGGAAGCGCAAGCGCGGCGAGCUCACGGCCGACCGGCUGCGCCUCUUCCCCGCCGGCCGCGGCGCGCGGCCCAAGGAGCUGCGCUUCCACUCGCUGCUCAAGGUGGACUGCGUGGAGCGCACCGGCAAGCACGUCUACUUCACCCUCGUCACCACCGACCGAAAGGAGAUCGACUUCCGCUGCCCCGGCGAGAGCUGCUGGAGCGCGGCCAUCGCGCUGGCGCUCAUGGACUUCCAGAACCGCCGCGCCCUGCAGGAGCGCGCCCCGGCCCCGGCCCCCCGCGCCCCGGCCCCGGCCCCGGCCCCGGCCCCGGCCCCCGAGCCCCGCGCCGCCCGCGCGUCCUGAGCCGCGGAGAGUGCGCCGGACGGCGACGCCGGGGACCGCGCCGUCGACGUUCCCUUUGGAGCCUCGGGGAGCCGCAGGGGGCCGGCCGGACCCGCCCCGGCUUGGCGCAGCCCUGACCCCCUCUCCCCGCAGGACCCCGCUGGACGGACGAGCCCGCAGGAGACGCCGAAGCCCCGCUCCGCCGCGGCGAGGACUGAAGGAGGGGCCGGCGGGGCUGCCCCCGCAGGGACCUCCCUGCCCGCCGCCCCGCGCGGCCGCCCUAAGUUAUUGACUAUGUAUUUAUUCUGGUGGCUGUUUGUCGUUAAACCAGGUCUUUUGUCUUAAUAUUCUGUUUUUUAAACCAGUGCCAUUCCAAUAAACCACUUGGUGGGUUCGCUUUUC